UUUGUUGUGGUACCGGUCCGGUUCUGUUUGUGUGGUUUCCUGCUGUUCUAAUCCUUCCUGUUCUUCAGAUGGUAACUGAUCCCAGAGGAGCUCUGAUCCAUAAUCUGCUCUAAUCUGUUAAUCCGUCCUCCUCUGAGCCGGUUCUGCUCUGCUCUGCUCAGUCUGCGCCAACCUGCAGGGAUGGAAGCCGCUGCUCCAGAGGAGUUCCUGGUUCUGCCGUGGCCCAGCGACGGCGGGUCGGACCCGGGGCCCGGAGGCGGCGGCGUCCUGCUGACCUGUGGAGCCGCUGUGGGAGUCACUCUGAUCUGUGUGGUGGUGCUCAGGAAGUGGAUUGCUGGUGGAGUGUGCCGCUGUUCAGUCCGGCUGGAUGGGAAAACAGUUCUGGUGACCGGAGCGAACGCGGGCAUCGGGAAGGAGACCUGCAGAGACCUGGCAGGGAGAGGUGCCCGGGUGGUAAUGGCCUGCAGGGAUCUGAACCGGGCCGAGCGAGCAGCGGACGAGAUACGGAAGUCUACCGGAAACGGGAACGUGGUGAUCAGACACCUGGACCUGGCUUCCGUCUACUCUGUCUCACAGUUCGCCAAGGACUUCCUAGACAGUGAAGACAGACUGGACAUCCUGGUCAACAAUGCAGGUGUGAUGAUGUGCCCUAAAUGGAUCACAGAAGACGGCUUUGAGACUCAGAUAGCCGUCAAUCACCUGGGUCACUUCCUGUUGACCAAUCUGUUGCUGCCAUUGCUGAAGAGCACCACCUCCAGCCGCGUGAUCAACGUGUCAUCCAUUGCCCACUGGGGAGGGAAGAUCAACUUUGAUGACUUGUUCUUCAGCCGGCGACCAUACAGCGCGCUGGAGAGCUACAGGCAGAGCAAGCUGGCGAACGUCCUCUUCACCCGAGAACUGGCUCGACGUCUCAGAGGAUCUGGCGUGUCAACCUUCUGUCUUCAUCCUGGGGUGAUCCGGACUGAGCUGGGGCGGCAUGUUGAGGGCUGGUUUCCCCUGCUGGGGGCGCUGCUGAGGCUUCCUGCCCUGCUGCUAAUGAAGACUCCCUGGGAGGGCAGCCAGACCACCGUGUUCUGUGCCGUGACGCCAGGCCUGGAGGAACUUUCAGGCCGAUACUUCAGUGACUGUGGAGAGAAGGAGGCGGCGCCGGAGGGACAGGACGACGAGGCAGCCCGGAGGCUGUGGGAGGAGAGCGCCCGAUUGGUCAGACUGAAGGACACCUGCUGACCUGUGACCUGCUGGCUGACACACCACAAAAAGAGACAACAGCAGUGCCCCUCUGCACAGAGCGAGGAAGACCAAACAGGACCAGUGCUAGAACCUUAAGUGGUCCGGUCAUCCCCAGUAAAACAUCUUUUCUCUAGUCUGGUACCAAGUUGAACCCGGGGUCGUUGAACCGGCCCAGAGUUCUGACCGGCUGACAGAAAGAAACCAGCUUAACGUUACUCUGAAGCUUCCUUGUCCAGCUGUGUUUGAUUCAGCAUCCAAAUUGCUUCGUCCAGAACUGUGGCGGCCCGUUCACCCCAGAACCGCCUGGUACCUUCAAAUGGACCACAGUCUGUCCCUUCUGCUGUCUGAACCUUUGAACUCUAGUCCAGCUGAAACCUGGUGCAAGAAACAAAUGGACAGGAAGUGAUGUCUGAUUCAUCGAUAUAGAUGUAAAACGUGGCCGGUUUCCACGGUGUGGGACAUCCAGCCCGACUCUUCAUGGUCCCUCCAGAAUCUUCUCUUUGUCUUGCUGAACCUUUUGUUUCCUGUCAUGUUUCUUUGUUCUUCUGUCUGUUUGAAACAGGAAGUCUUUAAUGAGCAUGCUCCAACUGUUUGUUGGUAAUAAAGAGAACGAAAUAAAGUUUGA